AUGCGAAAGUUGGAAUGGGACGACAUAGGAGUGAAGGUUGAUGGUCGGCAGCUACACCAUUUGCGCUUUGCUGAUGACAUCCUACUGAUAACAUCCACCAUCAGCCAAGCGGAACGAAUGCUGACCGAAUUCGACGAAACAUGUGGACGCAUCGGUCUUCAGCUGAAUCUGCAAAAGGUGAUGUUCAUACGCAACGGAUGGGUCUUGAAUGCCCCAUUCACGCUCAGCGGAACGAACAUAUUCGAAUGCACCAGCUACGUUUUGAACAUGAUGAACGACCUGACACCCGAGCUGGGCAGAGGGAGACGAGCGGCUUGGGGAGCGUAUAAGAGCAUCGAGGAUGUAGUGAAGAAGACCAAGAACACCCGGCUCCGUGCUCACCUCUUCAACGCCACUGUACCUCCUGCUUUGACCUAUUCUUCGAACACCUGGGCAUUUCGCAAGCAGGAAGAAAACGCGGUGAGCGUCAUUGAACGCGCAAUUGAGAGAGUGAUGCUAGGAGUAUCUCGUUUCACGCAAGUGAGAAAAGGGAUUCGAAGUUCUCUACUACGUCAGCGAUCGAAGAUUAGAGACGCCGCCGCGUUUGCCAAGGAAAGUAAAAUAAGGUGGGCCGGACACCUGAUGCGCUUUAACGAAAACCGUUGGACCAGAGCCGUGAGCGACUGGGUUCCCUGCGAUAUUAAGCGCACUACAGGAAGACCGCCGACCCGAUGGUCAGAUUUCUUCACGAAGUCCUUCAAAGAAAAAUAUGAUGUUCUUCGUGCCCCACGCGAAAAGAGGAACCACUGGGCUACUCUGGCACGAUCGGGACAAAUGGAAGAAUUACUGGCGCCCGCUCGACCUGUUCGAAGAUCAACGGGAGUCGAGGUGAUGGAGGUGAAUGUGGAGGUAUCGCCAUCGUCAGACCCUGAGAAGUCAAAGCGUUCUUCUCAAGCGCUUCGUCACCCUACAGAAAGCAUUAUGCAUACUCAAAGCACUGCAGAUUGGCUAGUUUUUAUCUCAUUUGCUGGAAUGUAA